CUCGCGCAUCGGAUGGGGUAGAAAGGCCGCCUCAGCGUCAAAGUAGCUUGGACUUUGUAUGGGACUCAGAUCUGAGAACCACGGACCUUCCUGGGUUCAACCAGCUGGCCACCGAAACGACGACGGCGCCGGCUGCCGUCCAUGGAGCUGCUCACUUUGGCUUUUGCUCCUCACAAGCACGACACAUAGGAUGCUGCCGUACGGCUCGGGCACCCAAGAACUCAAGCACAUUCGCAUUGCGCGGUCGUCGAGCGCGUCCGACGUCUCGUGGAAGCACGUGGCAGUUGGCGCGACCGUGGCCGUCGCCACGCUUGGGUACGCUGCCACGAUGCAUUCGAUGGUGAGCAACCAAGCGGCGGCGCUGGACGCGCUCCACGCGCAGAUGCUGGCCAUGAGCAGCGUCAAGUCGCCCAAGCACGCUGCGCCGGUGCCAGCGAUUGAGACGCUGCCGCACAAGUACGCAGUGGAGAACGUGACGCCGCGCAAGACGCAGGACCUCCGUGGCACGUGCUGGGACUUUGCGACCAUCUCCGUGCUCGAGUACUCGUACCGUCAGCAAGGCAUUGCGCGCGGGUGGCUCGCGCCCGACGAGUACGUCUCGCUCUCCGAGCAAGCGUACGGCGCCGACCUGCUCCAGCUGUGCACGACCAAGGACAAGUCCAAGUGCUACUUGACAGCAACGCAAAACACCACCGAAGGCGGCUUCAUCGAGGAGUUUGCGCUCGUCAGCAACGACGUGGCGGUCUUCCCGGACGCGAUCUGCCCGUACACGCCGUGGCCGGGCAACGACACGGUCUGCCCGGGCUUGACCGACGCGGCCCGCGCGUCCAACCCGCUCAAGGCGACCGUCAACGGCCUCAAGGAGUACUUUGACGUCCAGGACAUCAAGGCGGCCUUGUUCCGUGAAAAGCGCGCGCUGGGCUUUAGCACGACGAUGGCGGAGAUCACGCGCUACAUCCCGUGCGUCGGCGAGCUCACCAAGGACCCGCGCUGUGACGUGGCGUCGCCGCUGUGCACCUUGUGUCCGCCGGGUAUCCCGACCACGUGCUGCGUCACGACAACGGGCGGCGAAGACUACAACAUGGACGGCGAGUUCACGUCCCACUACGGUAUGGAGGCCGAGGGUGGCCACGCCAUGACGAUUGUCGGCUACAACGACGAGUACACGACCAAGGACGGCUACACGGGCGGCUACAUCCUCAAGAACUCGUGGUGGGACGGCGUUGACCCGCCGCUUGGCCCGGUCCACGCCCGUGGCAGCCACAGCAUCCGCUAUUUUUUGCAGGAAAUCUCCGAGUUUGAAGAGCGCUUCAACUGCCCCAACAGCGCCAACCCGGCCAACUGGUACCAGUGCCAAGGUCGCGUCGGUGUCAUCCACGCCGACGCAGACGCGGGUGUCAUUCGCGCGCCAAUCAAUGCGUCGCUUGUCGCUUUUGACGAGUGCUUGAGCGAGGACACGCGCCGUGACGCGGCGUCGUCCUUCUCGCCGCUGCAUUUGAGCUGCACCAACGAUGCGCUCUGCAAGGCGAACGCGACGUACUUUGUGCGCAACAGCACGGCGGUCGGCGACGGCUUCCAGACGUUCUGCUUCUUCGAGUAUGUUCGCGACGGCAACUCGAGCGACGUGUGUUUGCCGGCGAUGCUCCCGACCGACCUCGCGCACGCAUUUGCGCCCAUCGAAGCGGAGGCGUAUGUCAACAACCCGGACGUGUGCGGCUUUUACUUUUACCCAUACGCCAAGCAGCGCGCGGGCGCGGCCCUCGGCUGGGAAGUGAGCGCCGACGACCUCGACGUGACGUGGGCACCGCAGUCGUAUGCGGCCAACGCGCACAAGUUUCCGACCCUCGACUACACGCUGGUGCGGCAGUCGACCAAGGUGCAAAAGACGGCGCCGGUGCUGGGCCCGAUUCCCGUCUACGUUGCGCGCGACGAGCUCUAAGCGGUAGU